CCCCGUGCCCCCGCUCCUCCCGCCACUGCCAGCUCUAAGAUGCCCCGCUAUGAACUGGCUUUGAUCCUGAAAGCCAUGCAGAGGGGUUGGUACAGUAGGCCUCACUAAACUUAGCUGCAACUAAGAAUUUCUCCUACAUCAACUGAGUUAAGGCUGAUGCUCUUGUGGAAUGUGGAUUAAAAGUGCGUGCUAAGUUCCCAAAUUUGAGAAGCGGAGAAAAGUAAAUGUACCACUGCCACCAGCAUCAGGACAGCAAACCAAGGGACAAAGAAUUUGACCCGCUGUGUUGAUUUUGGUUAAAACUGGUUUCACGUGGUGCUUAAGAGACGUUGGCUGGGGGGCGAGAAGUGGACGUCAGCGAAGGCUUUUUGGUUACAAAAUGAGGGCUUCUUUGGAGCCAGCAGACAUUGCCAUUGUGGCCCUGUACUUCGUGCUUGUAAUGUGCAUAGGUUUCUUUGCCAUGUGGAAAAACAAUCGGAGCACCGUCAGUGGCUACUUUUUGGCAGGGCGUUCUAUGACCUGGGUAGCUAUCGGGGCCUCGUUGUUUGUGAGCAAUAUUGGAAGUGAACAUUUCAUUGGGCUCGCAGGAUCUGGAGCGGCGAGCGGAUUCGCCGUAGGCGCGUGGGAGUUCAACGCCUUAAUGCUUUUGCAGCUUUUGGGAUGGGUCUUCGUGCCAGUCUACAUCCGGUCGGGAGUGUACACCAUGCCCGAAUACUUGUCCAAGCGGUUCGGAGGGCAUAGGAUUCAAAUCUAUUUUGCAGCGUUGUCUCUAAUUCUUUAUAUCUUCACCAAACUCUCGGUUGACUUGUAUUCAGGGGCGCUUUUUAUCCAAGAGUCCCUAGGGUGGAACCUGUACCUGUCGGUGAUCCUGCUGAUCGGAAUGACGGCGCUGCUGACUGUGACCGGAGGGCUGGUGGCCGUCAUCUACACGGACACCCUCCAAGCGCUGCUUAUGAUCGUCGGGGCCCUCACACUCAUGAUCAUAAGCCUCAUGGAGGUCGGUGGGUUUGAAGAAGUGAAAAGGAGGUACAUGUUGGCGUCACCGAACAUCACCUCCAUCCUCCUAACCUACAACAUCUCCAACGCCAACUCCUGCAACGUCAAUCCAAAGCCCGACUCUCUCAAAAUGCUGCGCGAGCCGACGGACGAAGACAUUCCCUGGCCCGGAUUUCUGCUGGGACAGACCCCGGCCUCGGUGUGGUACUGGUGCGCUGACCAAGUCAUAGUGCAGAGAGUUCUGGCCGCCAAAAACAUCGCUCAUGCCAAAGGCUCCACCCUCAUGGCCGGCUUCUUGAAGCUGCUGCCCAUGUUCAUCAUCGUGGUGCCGGGGAUGAUCUCCCGCAUCCUGUUUGUGGAUGACAUCGCCUGCAUCAACCCCGAGCACUGCUUCCAGGUGUGCGGGAGCAGGGCCGGCUGCUCCAACAUCGCCUACCCGCGCCUGGUGAUGAACCUGGUGCCUGUGGGGCUGCGCGGGCUCAUGAUGGCCGUGAUGAUCGCCGCCCUGAUGAGCGACCUGGACUCCAUCUUCAACAGCGCCAGCACCAUCUUCACGCUCGACGUCUACAAGCUCAUCCGGAAGAGCGCGACCUCCCGGGAGCUGAUGAUCGUGGGCAGGAUCUUCGUGGCCUUCAUGGUGGUGAUCAGCAUCGCCUGGGUGCCCAUCAUCGUGGAGAUGCAGGGCGGGCAGAUGUACCUGUACAUCCAGGAGGUGGCGGAUUACCUGACCCCGCCGGUGGCCGCCCUGUUCCUCAUGGCCAUCUUCUGGAAGCGUUGCAACGAGCAGGGGGCAUUCUACGGCGGCAUGGCCGGGUUUGUCCUGGGCGCCAUCCGGCUGGUCCUGGCCUUCUUCUACCGCGCUCCCGAGUGCGACCAGCCGGACACCAGGCCCGGCUUCAUCAAGAACAUCCAUUACAUGUACGUGGCCACGGCCCUGUUCUGGAUCACCGGGGCCGUGACGGUCGUGGUGAGCCUGCUCACGCCGCCGCCCACCAAGGAGCAGGUCCGGACCACCACGUUCUGGGCCCUGAGGAAGCGCGGCGUGCCGGAGAGCGCCGGCAAGGGGGAGCUGUACCAGGCGCAGGAGAAAAGCAUCCUCAAGUGCAACGAGAACGCCAACCACAUCAUUCCCAACGGGAAGUCAGAGGAGAACAUUAAAAACGUGAAGCCGGAGGACAUCAACCUCCUGGUGACGUGCAGGGAUGACAGCAACCCGGUGAUCUCGGUGAGCCACUCCGAGGUGGAGACGCCCGUGGAUUGUUAUUCCAACGGACAGGCGGCCCUGAUGGGGGAGAAAAAGCACGAGGAGGAGGAGGGGACUGACGACAGGGAGAGACAUUUGAAAUUCAUAGAUUGGUUCUGUGGCUUUAAAAGUAAAAACGUAAACAAGAGAGUGGUUCGGGAGGUUGAGGAAGAGACUGUUUGUUUACAAAUGCUGGAAGAGACUCCAAAAGUUAAACUAUUACUAAAUACCGGACUGGUCUGUGUCUGUUCGCUUGGAAUCUUCAUGUUUGUCUACUUCUCUUUGUGAGUGAAUAGUGAACUUUUAAGGGUAUGGCUUAAACAUACAGAAGUUGAUACAGGUCUCUGGAGGUUUUUGGUUUUUCUUUCCUUUUCAAACAACAUAACCACAACCCAGGCAUUGUUUACGCUAUAAUUGUAAGAUCGACUCAGCUUUAGCCUAUUUCGAGACCAUUUGAAAUGUGUUGUCCUCCCUCUGCUGAAAGCAGAACCUGUCCUGUGGUGGCUUUUUCUUUAUUCCCUUUUGCGUUGUUUUGGGUUUUUUUGGUUGUUUUUUUUUUUGUUGUUGUUUCCAUUUGCAGCACUAGCCUUUUGUUUUUCUGUGUAUAAAUAUACCAAAGGCAGGCAGGUGGCUGUGUUUGAAGUCAGGCAGUUACAGCUCAGUCAGCAUUAAGUGAAGAUAACAGGUAAUCAGUUACCAGUGUGUGUAAAAUCUGAGUGAUUAAAGCUGUGUCAAAAGAUUUGUAAAUCCAGAGCUGUGAUGCACAUUUAUAGAAUAACUGUAUUACCUUGGCCAACUUAGCACUUUUUAAUUGCACUCACUGCUUUCCAUCUUUUUUUCUUUUUUUUUCUUUAGUUUUCUCAUUUUUCUUCUGGCAAGAACAGGAAACUGUUUUGUCUCAUUUUAUAGCACUUAAAACAUGAUAGCUCUUACAGCUUUCUGCUUUCCUUUUUGUUUUUUUUAUUCUUUGUAAGGAAGUUUUUGUCUUUUGAUUUUUUUAUCCACUGUAAAUUCCAUUACUGAAAAGCUUCUGUAUUUAAAAAAGAGAGAAAAAACUAAAACGAAAACAAGCCUGGAGAUGACAAACUGUCAAUGGAGGAGGAGAAAAAAGAAAUAUUCUUUCUGUGGGGUUUGUAAUAUAUUGAAAUAGAAAAACCCCAGAAUUUUUAGGGUGGGUUUGGGAUGUCCCUGGGCAGCAGUUGCAGGGCUUUACCACCUCCAGGGAAAGAAAUUUUUCGUCAGGUUUGAGUGGAAUUUUUUGAAUUUCAGUAAAUGGCCAAAAAGAUUCGUUCAGCUCUCCAGCCUCUGAACCUUUAGGACAUCAUUAGGAUUAGUUUCUUUUUUAGGGAAAACUCUGUAUGUAGGUUCUACCACAUGGGAAAAAGAGAAACACGAGGCUUUGCGUGAGAAACUGUUUUUCACCCUGCAGAAUGGUUUUUUCUGCUGUGUCUGGGAGGAAUCCCGGAUGCUGCGGGGGGAGAACGGCUGAGAAGGCAAGGAAGGGGAGAUGGGGGAGAGAGGUGAAAGUGCUCCUUGUUUUCCAGAGUCCUUUUGCCCCACAUCUUCUCCCACUUCUCCUUUCACCGUCUCAAACUUUCUUUUUAUUUUUUGAGGAAUCCCACAAUUCCUGAGCUUGGAAAAGCCCUCCCUGGUCAUUGAAU